ACUCUCUUUGUACUUCUCACUUUUCGACAUAACGCUUGAUAACAGUUUGUUUACAAAAGUUGUAAAAAAAGGAAAUAAUUUCCAUUUCAUAUAUUUAUGGCUGGAGAAGUAAUUGUCGAUGCACUGCCAUACAUCGACCAAGGAUACGAUGAGCCGGGCGUACGGGAAGCGGCGUUGGCAAUGGUGGAGGAGGAGACGCGACGUUAUAGGCCAACAAAAAAUUAUUUAGAACACCUGCAGCCUCUCUGUAUAACCUCCUUUGAGACGGAGGUACUCAAGCAUGAAUUCGAAAGGAUGCAGAAUCGCUUGCCGAUGGAAGUACUUAGUAUGAAGCGUUACGAGUUGCCGCCACCUCCAUCUGGCAAGCUGAAUGACUUAGCUGCAUGGAACGAGAGUGUGGAAAACAGUAGCGCACAACUGGAACAUCAGGCUACUAGAAUCUGUAAUUUGGAGCUGAUGAUGGAAUAUGGUUGUGAAGCAUGGAAGUCCUACUUGGAAGUACUGGUUCAGAUGCUAGGUCAGGCUCAGAAACAGCUGCAAAUGCUAAGGAAGAAGAUUCAGGAGGUUAACUGGCAGCGGAAGUCGAUGCAGACCCAGGGUGGCGAUAAACUGCGGGCGCUCGAAGCGCAAUGGGUCGGUCUGGUGUCCAAAAAUUAUGAGAUCGAGCAGGCUUGCGUGCACCUGGAGGAGGAGAUGCAGAAGAUCAUGAUAAACAAAGAAGCUGUAGAAAUUAACGAUGUACCAGCGGAGGAAGAGUCCGACAUACCAGAGAACAGUGCCACAGAGACCAUGGCACUACAAAUGCAGCAACAGGAAAAUCAGGACAAUCAUGCUUAGAUAUAUUAUGUAACAUAAAUUUCAUGUAUAUAAACAAAAAUAAUUUUACGGGUGUAACGAUAAAAAACUAAAUUUGGAAAAAAAAAGAUUACGGAUUUUUCCGCCGGUUUUUUUCCUUUUAAGAUAACUUAAGAUUUUUUUCAAGAUAAUUUCUUUUGUUAUUCUCUACAUUUUCGAAAAAUUAAAAACAAUACGAUGGGAUUGUAUCUGUCAGUAUUCAUAGACGCAAUGUGGGGAAUAUCUGUAAUAAAGCACAGUUUAUUAUAGUUUACACGUAUCACACUUGUUUAUGCUUUUACAAUAUACAUAUGUACACAGCGAUUAUCGAUAACGCGAUACACUACUAAUCAAUUAUUUAUAAUUUACGACGUGCUGAAAGAUCUAUUUUAUAUAGACUUGUUCGUGUAUCGACACAUUGCACACAUUGCGUAGGCCUAGCGUUGAAUCGUUUCUUUUUUCUUUUUAUUAUUCUCGUUAGGACAGCGGCAAUAUAUACUGUGAUAUAAUUACAAAGCGAAUAGCUAAGCGUCUUUUUACUUUCAACUAUUCGGUGUAAAAAAAUACAUGUAUGUGAGCUUGA